UGAAAGUAGAACAAAGUUAACCUUCUUGUUCCUUGUUUAUAUUGGUGUUGUUUUAGAUAAGUUUCCCUUUGAAGAGUUAAAAGUUUAACCAUGGCCGACUUUCUUGAAAUUGACGAUGUUGAAGGUAUCGAGAUGGAUGAAGAAGGUGAAGAGGAAGGCGAUGCAGGUAUAGCUCUAUUGAAAGAAAAAGCUAACAAACGUAAAGGGCGAGGGUUUGAUGACAAAAUCCACAGGGAAGAAUUAGAAUAUGAAGGUAUAGAGGAUGAAGAUGAUAGAGACCCAGGACCUCAGAGGUCCGUAGAAGGAUGGAUAUUGUUUGUCACAUCAAUCAAUGAAGAAGCACAAGAAGAAGAUUUGAUUGAAAAAUUUUCAGAAUUUGGUGAAAUUAAAAAUAUACAUUUAAAUCUUGACAGGAGAACUGGAUUUCUUAAAGGUUAUGCCCUUAUUGAAUAUAAUCUUUAUAAAGAAGCACUUUCAGCAAAGGAAGCAUUAGACGGAACUGAAAUUCUGGGCCAAACAAUACAAGUGGAUUGGUGUUUUGUUACUGGACCAAAGAAAACUACUAAGAGAAGAUCUCACAAAAAAUAAGCAGUUUUUUAAGACCUAUUAUAUACACGUGAUCACUCCAACACUGUUCUAUAGUGGCAUUGUUUUUGAGUGAUUUAUUUUUUAAUAAAUUAAUACUUCUACUAAUUUUGCCUUUAACUUCAUGUUUCAUUACAAAAUUAAGGUGUUUUCAUUCAAAUUUGUAAUAUUGUUUUCAGUUUUAAACUGAUCAAAUUUAAAAGUAAGUUUUUUAAUUUUGUCAAAUGUUAAUCUUGCUUAAAUAAAUAGUAUAAUUUUUUUU